UAGGCCUACCUUUCUUUCUAUAUCCAUCCGGAUACCACUGUAAAGCACUUUUCACUACAUUUGGUGUGUCUUUUCUAAUUGUGCUAUCAAUCCACUUUCAAUUUUUAAAAAAUAUUUGCUCCCUAAUCGAAACUUGAUUUGUGCUUUGCCAUAGCUCCAUAUUGCUUAUGUGUUCGGGCCAUCUAAUUUUAAGUAUGGUACGCAAGCAUCUGCUGAUGAAUGAUUGUAAUUGUUCAUUUGACUUAACUCUACUCAACUGGUUCUUAUUUUGAUCAACGUCGAAAGUUCUGACCAUUUUAAAUCUCGUUUAACACAAGAUUACCUAAUCAGGGGAAGUAACAACUCAUCAAAAUGGCGGAAGAUAUGGAUGUGGAAAACUGUCGUGAAGUAGAUAAAGAUGGACCUAAACCUGAAAGAAUGUUUACUCUCAAGAAAUGGAAUUUAGUCGCAAUGUGGAGUUGGGAUGUUGAAUGCGAUACAUGUGCUAUUUGUCGUGUUCAAGUAAUGGUGGUAUGGGGUGAGUGCAAUCACUCUUUUCAUAACUGCUGCAUGUCAUUAUGGGUGAAACAGAACAACAGGUGUCCCCUUUGUCAACAAGAGUGGGUAGUACAACGCAUUGGCAAGUGAUAUAAAUUGAUCUUCAGCUGAUUUAAUAAUUUAAAGAAGAAAUAAAACCUUCUCACCACUGCCUUUCAAAUGUCAGGACAAUACCACCUGGUUGAUAAUGGAUAAAUUUAUUUAUUUAUAGCUAACAUUUCUUAUUAUGAAGUAAUUAUAAAUACUCCUCAAAAUAAACACACUUCAUACUAA